AUGGACUAAGUGAAAUCCUGGGCAACUCAAGAACUAAAAAAUCUUAGUGGUUUCUUAGCAGAGGAUGAGGCUAAAGGAUUAAUAGAUGUACUUGCUACUAAAUCUCCUGCCGAGAUUAACUAGGAACUAUCAAAUUUGUUGGACUUCACUCAGCAAUAGGUGAAAAAGUUCAUCAAUAGCUUCCUUGAAAGGAUAGCUAAUCAGAAAAAUUAUGAAUAGCAGGUCAAAUAGCUGCAGCAAAAAACUAAUAAAAUGAGUAAGGAUGAGGUCACUGGUUAAAGAAUAAAUACACAGAAGAUUACUAAGCAAGUCAAAGACAUGUCUAAAUUUUUAGUAUCUGGUAGGCAGAUUUGCUAUUGCUAGGCUUCUAGGCACAAUCUUAUCAAUAAUUGUAUAUCUUGCGGUAAAGUAGUAUGCGAGCAAGAAGGUGAAGGGCCUUGCCUAUUCUGUGGAGCAUGGGUUGAUAGAGAAGUUUAUUAUGAUAUUGAUGAAGAUUCUGCUACUGCCUAUGAAAUCGCUCUUUAGCAUAAGGAUAAGCUUAUUGAGUUUGAUGUAAAUGCAGCCUAAAGACUAGGAGUGCUUGAUGCUUAAAGUGAUUGGUAUGACUUAGCCAACAAUACUUGGCUAAAUAAAGAGUAGAGGAAGUAUGCUGAGUAAAUGCAAGAGGUGGAGAAAAAAAGAUAAGAAGAGAUAGAUAGCAAAAUGAAUGUGACGAUCGAUCUUCAGAAAGGAACAACAGAUUUAGUAUCUAAUGAGUAAGAUAAGCUUUUCACAUUUGGAAAUCAAAACAUUUAAACUAAUGAAUAUCUCUCCAAGACAACAGGUGUAAAUAAAACGUAAGGAAGCAAGUACAAGCCAUUUGAAGGAGAAGACCUAACCAAUAAGCUACUGUUAGAAAAUCCCCAAAUGGCAAUUGAUAACAUUAAUACCUUUUACUUCAAACCUUGUACAUUGAGUGAUGAAAAAUCAUAAUUGCUUUAUCAAGAACUAUAGCCAAGCUACAUGAAAGAAGUAUAGACAAAUAUAGUUGGCUCAAAAGUAAAUAAAAAGGCUUAGUAAGAUAGAGAAGAUAAUUACCAAGAAGAACAGAGACAAAAGUAAAUAGAAGAGUCUGCAAAGUAGAAAUUUCAAUAUAGCUCUUUAUCAAAGAGGUUGCAAACAGAAAACCCAUUUGACAUAUUCAGAAAGGCUGUUGAAACCGCAAUCAUAAGCAAGUCUAUCAGCACAAACAAAAAGGUCUUUGAAACAGACAAAGAUUUCUUUAAAGAAUCAGAAGAUAUUGGAAUGUGUAUGUCCAUGCAUUAACCCUGGGCAUCUUUAUUGGUUAUGGGAAUCAAAAGAUUUGAGGGAAGAGAAUGGACUCAUAAAUUUAGAGGGCCACUUUGGAUUCAUGCUACAUCACAAAAGCCAACUCAAGAGCUAAUUGAUCAAAUCGAAGGAAGUUAUAGAGAAUUUUAUAAAUCUAUUGGUGAAGAUCUACCUCCUUUCCCAGAUAGAUAUCUGACAUCAGUUGUUAUCGGAAGAGUUGAUGUGAUUGACAUAAUCAGCUUGGAAGAAUAUCAUGAUUAAGUGCCUAAAGAAUUGCAGGAACCCACUGUAUCUGAAUAUCAAUUUAUUUGCAGAAAUCCUAUGUAUCUAGAUCUUCCACUUAAGAUGUCCGGUUAACCAGGGAUAUAUAAGAUGGAAAAGGGUAUUUUCUAUGGCUGCAAAGAGCUACUAAUAAAAACACCCGUAACAUGGUGGCCUCCUGAAGAAUUUAAGUUGUACAAUUUAGGCAGAUUUGAUCUUUACCCUUUGAAGCACUAAAUUAAUCCACAGGACUAAAUACAGAAGUUACCCAUGAAAGUUUCUAAAACAAACCUUGGAUGCUUUCAUAUUUAGAACUUAUUGAGUUUGAGGGAAUAACAAUAGAUAUUAGACAGUCUUAGAAAUCAGUAGAUCAACUAACCAUAAAAAUACAAAUUUACCAGAAGUGAAACAUUAGCUAAUGAAGAGGAGAUUAAGAAGGAAGAGGACUCAUUCUCCUACCUCUAAGAUGAAAAGAAUAACUUUGCCUAAGAGAGGAACAAGAAAAAAUUCAACUGCUAUGUUAUGGAGCUCUCUGGCAGAGAUGUUACUGAUGAAGUUAAAAAUUUAAUGAAUGCUGUUGAGGAUGGUGUCAACUAACUUAAAGAUUAAUCUCAGAGCACUUUGGUCAAAUCAGUAUAUAAAAGAUUUACCUUUGAUUUCUUUAAAGAGAGCCCUGAUACUUACAUGGAGAAGAUUAAGUUAUUCCUUCCUCAAUAGAAAGCUAAAAAGAAGGGCAAAAAUCAACCUUUAAUAAAUGCAUUCUUUAUUUGUGUUGGUGAUGGAAUUAAAAUUGAUUACAAUAUUGAGGAAGAUAGCAAGUCUUAUAACUAUUCAAUUGAAUUAAAGAGCGGAGAUGCUUUCGUAGUCAGUUCUGAAGUUAAAGGUAUGUAAUUGAGUGUUGAGUAGAUUGUGGAGAAAACUAAGCCCAGCAAUCUAGUUUUAAGAGAUGGUACGCUACUGAUCACAGUUGAGAGAGAUUGA